CAGUUUGCUUGUGGCAAAUAUAUUGAGUCCACUGUCAUACCGGAGCACAAGUCAUCCCAAUCCACGUUUGAUGAACUUCAGGAUGAGUUGAAUCGCAAACUUAGAGUGCUCAUCGAAGAAAAGUCUCCAAACUUUGAGAAAAGAUCUUUUGUCAACAAAUUGAAAGACCUGUAUAUCAGUUCCCAUAUUGAGGCCAAAGGUGAUGAGCCACUACUGGAUCUGAUGGAUAAGUUUGGUGGUUGGCCUGUACUGGAGUCCUCGCAGUGGAAUGAAUCCAAUUUCAAUUGGUUUGAAUCAUACAUCAAAUUAAGACAAAUAGGAGUCGUCGACAAUAUGCUAAUCAGUAUAUUCGUUGACAUCGACGACAAGAACAGUUCAAAACGUGUUUUAUAUUUAGAUCAGCCAUCGUUGGGUCUCUUUGAUAGGGAUCUACUCAUGAAAGGUAUGAACGACUCGUCGGUCGCCGCUUAUUAUGAUCUGAUGGUGAAAAGCGCGGUACUAUUGGGUGGCCAACAGAAUACGGCUAAAAAGCAAAUGAUGGAAGUCUUGGAGUUUGAGACACUUCUGGCAAAUGUAUUCAUUGAAAUGUUUGAGUUUGUGACUUAA